UCAAUAUAGGAGACGACGAAGCCAGAACAGUAUGGAUGCAGCGGCAUUUUAACCGGUCGAUAGACAGACAGGAAUUACGAAUUCCCCCUCGCCCUCGGCACACCAUCAGUUUAUAUAAUGUUUCCUGAUUACCUCCAAAUAGAACCUGUUGCCUCUAGAACUGUCACCUCUUGUUAACUUGUACUCUAUCACACAUAAAACAAGUUAGAAAUGCUGAGAUUCAUUAUUGAAGUUUCAGAUUAGAGAGCCAGAGCACCAUACGGUGUGGAAGAGGUUGGUGACAUGAAGACGUCAAUAGGAUUAUGCAAGAUAUAAAUCGGUCCACAGACAGUUGUCGAGAUAGAGAUCUUCUAGAUGUUUUAUUACAGAAAACAGACGAACCCAGAAGUGAUGCUGGGUCAAGAAUAUCAGCAUUGCUCGCCAGAACCAACGGAAAUUUGAGUCGACCAUCAAGUUUUUCACGGCGAAGUUUAAAUCUAUCACGUCAAAGCCUGGACGCCGAUUCCAGAAUCUCCCUGUCCGAGACGGACAACAGUGUUGUCAAAUUUAUUUACAGUUUGGCGGUGUUGUCUAUAGCUUCUUUGGUUCUCUCAGCUUUAUCACUUCAGAUACUGAUAUCUCUGGUGGAGCUAGAUGGUGAUUAUAGGAACAUUACAAACGAUGGCAUGUUGAAUUCCUCUGCUACUUACUCCCUGGUUUAUGAAGCGACAACUUCGUUGGCGACUCUUGUUAUUGGGUUGGAUUUGUGCUGUUUGAUGGUGUGUUCUAUGCAAUUAUUCUUCACUGCUAAAAUACUCAGAACGUACGAAGGUUCUGAAAGGGCUUUCAAGUAUUUAAAAGAAUGUGCUAGCAGUCGUUUUAUUGCCGUUUUCAGUUUUUUCCUGUCCAUUCCAGCAUACAUGGUGGCUUUAGCCCUGUUUAUUGUUAUGAAAUUCCGAUCAACGGCAGCUCUGGCGUGUACAGUUAUACUCGGAAUCAGUCUUUUGUUUUGUAUUCUUAGUGUUAUGCAAAAUACAUACCAUUGGCGUGUAGAGAAGAGUCGUUCGGAUGAUGGAUUACCAGUGUAUGACGGCCGAACAUCACGGAAUCGGACAGUCGCAAUGGCUAUCAACCGGAAUGAGUUAUCCACCCUUGUUUAACAUAAAAUGUGCAAAUAAGGUUUGACUAAUAACGUUGGCCACCAGGUGUGAAUCCUUGGAAGUUGCAUAAUGCAAUAAUUGUGUACAUAUUAGACGAAACUUGAAGACAAGAAAUGAUACGAUACUAUUGAAAUAUUUCUUAAUUUAGUUCGUCAAGGGAAGGAAUUCUUACCUUUUUAUUUUCCCCAUCUGUCAGUGAUGCAUGUUGUCAGGAAUGCAGACGUAUAUGUGAAAUAAAACGGCAAGAAAUUUGAAAACUGUGCUUUGUUUAAAUGAUAUGAAAAGGUUUUUUUUUGUCAUUGAACUUAUUCAUUGUAUAGUAUUUGAAUAAAUUGAGUACUUGAAAACCCCGGUAUGAUGAAAACAUUAACCAUAAUACCCAGUUAGAAUUAACAUUAACGAAAAGGUAACAUUUCUUUUUUUUGAUUUAUUAUAAAAUUAUUAAAUGGAUUAUAGAGAUGACAAAUUUGUUAAUAA